CACAAACCUACAAUAAGUCAAACUACAUCCUAAAGUGCUUAAUAACUUAUACCUACAAACAUGUUGGACGUGCUCAUUUGCGGUGCCGGUCCCGUUGGAUCUUUCUUUGCGAACUUGAUGGAUCAAUUUGGUCAUAAUUAUCGAAUUAUUGAUGGAGAGACGCCAGAAGCAAGGCAUGGUCAAAGUCGAGCACUACUUCUAACUGCACGAAGCUUAGAAAUUAUGGAGGACAGAGGUCUGUCUGGCGAACUUUUGAGCCAUGCUGUGAUCCCUCGCGGCUUACGACUACACUCGGACGCCAAACAAAUUGCAGAGAUAGAAAUGCGAGAUGUUGAUUCUCUUUACGGUCAUAUGACAGUAAUACCUCAAUGGAGAAUUGAGGAUACAUUGCAAGGCAGACUCACCAAGAAAGUGGAACGGCCAGUCAAGUUGAUCUCGUAUGUUCAAGAGAGCGACUACGUGGUAGCGAAGCUUCAGCACGGGGACGACGAGGACAACGUGGAAGAAGUGAAAGCAAAAUUUCUUGUAGGCUCGGAUGGUGUGCAUUCGGCCGUACGUAAGGGCACACCUGGCUGGACAUUUGAUGGUGUCGUCUUCCAAGUGCCAUUCGCGUUAGCGGAUGUCACCUUGACUGGAGACAAGCUUCCUGAUAUGCGCUAUGGCAACUUUAUUAACUCUAAAAACGGUGUGUUUAUGAUGAUACCGCUACUGGAUAGGGCUGGAGAAAAACUUAUCACCCGAGUUGUACUUAGUCUAAAUCCUGUCGGUUCUCCUGAUGAUAAGAACGCCUUGACCUCUCAUGACAAGAAGGAAGCAGUCUCUCAAGGCAUACAAACAGGCCAAUCCAUUACUCUCGAACAACUUCAGGAAAUGAUUGAUCAACGUAGUGGUGCUUUUAAAAUGAAAGCUGAGAACCCACAAUGGUUAGCCAAGUUUGGUGUUAAUGAACGCAAAGCAAAUGGCUUUCGGCGAGGAAGAUGUUUUAUUAUUGGAGAUGCUGCUCAUUGUCAUUCUCCAGCAGGAGGACAAGGAAUGAAUCUUGGCCUUCAAGAUGCGUACAGCUUGGCUUGGAAGAUUUCAUCUGUUUUGAAAAAUGCAGCAAAGAACCCGGAAGAGUUGUUAAAUUCUUAUUACGAUGAGCGAAGUCCGUAUGUGGAUGCCACCAUUGACGUAACGGGAAAAGUGGCAAGAAACAUGGUAACGCCUACUAUGAUUUCAGACUUCCUGCGAUCAUUUGUGCUUCCGCUGGCGUUGAACGUACCUUCCCUUCACAGUAAGGUUGGGUAUAUGGUACAACAGCUCUAUGUGACCAUCCCUUCAAACUCUACCCUAUUGGCCAAGAAAUCUGCUUCCGCUAUUAUUGAACCAGGACAAUACAUGAAGGAAUCUGGCAUCCUCAUUCCCAAGGAUACAAUGAAUACGUCACCACAAACCAUCAGGAGUAUUCUCAGGAAGUCAGAUCGGUAUAUCGCUUUGCUUGUUUGGAAUCAUGCCGGCGAUGACGACGCUUCUGCAAGCUUUUGGAACAUUCUCAAGCCUUACGAGAGGUUUGUAAGACCAAUUGUAGUGCUAAGCAAAAACAAUAUCUUUCGGUACAGAGUUCCAGAAUAUGCUCGCGACAGUGCUUAUGCCAAAGAAGGAUUUUGGUGCGAUACUAAGGGCCAACUUGCUGAACGACUUGGCAUUGAACACAACCAUGCUGGCAUUAUGCUCAUACGUCCUGACAUGUAUGUCACCUUUUCCGAAUCCUAUGAUGGCAAACAAGAAAUACCUCUCAUGUCGUUCGAGAAUUAUCUUUCUAGUCAGCUAAAUUCAGAAUAAAUCAAUGUUAUGUUUGCGC